GGUUUUGUACACUCUUAAGAGAUAUCAAAUGCAAGCUUCGCUCAGAGAAAAGCGAAAAGUUAAAGUGAAGAGAAUAUCUAAGAAAAAUGUCUCACCAAAUAUAUUAUUCGGAUAAAUAUACAGAUGAGCACUACGAAUACAGGCAUGUUUUGCUACCGAAACAAUUAGCUAAGCUUGUUCCACAAUCAAGAUUGAUGACUGAAGCGGAAUGGAGAAAGCUGGGCGUGACGCAGUCAAGAGGAUGGGUUCAUUAUUUAUACCAUGCACCAGAACCAAACAUAUUGUGCUUCAGGAGAUCAUUGGAUUAUGUUCAAAACACAAGGCAAAAUUAAGAAGUGAUGUGUGCUCUGUUAUUUAAUACAUUCCAUCCUAAUUUUGUUUGUAAAUAUAUAGAUAAAAAUUUAUGUCUCUUAACGUUCCUGAUUUAGAACAAAUUCUAAUUUUGCAAA